AUGCCGUCUGAUGCAAAGAAACGAGCGCAACAAAAGAAAAAAGAGCAAGCCACCAAUAGGAACAAAAAACCUGUGGCGAGAGUUACUAAUGCGGAGACUAAUGGUUCAACCAACGGUAUAGGGAAAGAAGACCGAGAGCUUACAGCUGAAGAAGCACUAUGCUUGAAACUAGAAGCUGAAGCUAAAAUGAAUUCAGAAGCCAGAUCCUGUACUGGGUCUUUGGCAGUCCAUCCACGCUCAAGAGACAUAAAAAUCGCCAAUUUCUCCAUCACUUUCUAUGGCAGUGAGCUACUUCAGGAUACAUUACUUGAGUUGAAUUGUGGCAGAAGAUAUGGGCUUGUUGGUCUUAAUGGUUGUGGCAAGUCGUCGUUGCUAUCGGCACUGGGACGCCGCGAAGUGCCUAUUCCGGGUCACAUUGAUAUAUUCCAUUUAACCCGGGAAAUGCCGGCGUCCGAUAAAACCGCUUUACAAUGCGUUAUGGAGGUCGACGAAGAGAGAAUUCAGUUAGAGAAACUAGCUGAAGAGUUAGCUCAUUGUGAAGAUGAUGAGUCGCAAGAACAGUUGUUAGACGUGUACGACCGGUUGGACGAUCUAAGCGCCGAUACGGCUGAAGCACGUGCCGCUAACAUUCUGCACGGUCUUGGCUUUACCAAGGAGAUGCAGCAAAAAGCCACUAAAGACUUUUCUGGAGGUUGGCGUAUGCGCAUAGCGCUGGCUCGCGCGCUGUACGUGAAGCCGCAUCUGCUCCUAUUGGAUGAGCCGACCAACCACCUGGACCUCGACGCCUGUGUGUGGUUGGAGGAAGAACUUAAGCAGUACAAACGUAUUCUCGUCUUGAUAUCGCACUCUCAGGACUUCUUGAACGGUGUGUGUACUAACAUCAUACACAUGAGCAAGCGUCGCCUCAAGUACUACACGGGUAACUACGAAGCGUUCGUUCGCACUCGCAUGGAACUACUCGAGAACCAAAUGAAACAGUAUAACUGGGAACAGGACCAGAUUGCCCAUAUGAAGAAUUACAUAGCGCGGUUUGGUCACGGCUCAGCCAAGUUAGCUCGCCAAGCUCAGUCCAAGGAAAAGACACUCGCCAAGAUGGUUGCCCAAGGCCUCACUGAGAAAGUCAUCGAUGAUAAAAUACUCAACUUCUACUUUCCAUCUUGCGGGAAAGUCCCUCCGCCAGUCAUUAUGGUGCAGAAUGUAUCAUUCAGGUAUACAGAUAACACCCCCUGGAUCUACAAGAACCUCGAGUUCGGUAUUGAUCUCGACACGCGGCUGGCUCUGGUCGGGCCCAACGGAGCUGGCAAGUCUACAUUACUCAAACUUCUCUAUGGCGAGCUGGUACCGACAACGGGUAUGAUACGCAAGAACUCUCACCUGAGGAUCGGCCGCUAUCACCAACAUUUACACGAGCUUCUGGACUUGGAUCUAUCCCCAUUGGAUUACAUGAUGAAGGAGUUCCCAGAAGUGCGAGAGCGUGAGGAAAUGAGGAAGAUCAUAGGACGUUACGGACUCACUGGCAGACAACAGGUGUGUCCAAUGCGUCAGUUAUCAGACGGACAGAGAUGUCGCGUGGUGUUCGCGUGGCUGGCGUGGCAGACACCCCACCUGUUGCUCCUCGACGAGCCCACCAACCAUCUGGACAUGGAGACCAUAGACGCGCUGGGUGACGCCAUCAACGAAUUCGAUGGCGGUAUGGUGCUUGUUAGCCACGACUUCAGAUUGAUUAAUCAGGUGGCUGAGGAAAUUUGGAUCUGCGAAAAUGGCACAGUCACAAAAUGGCAAGGUGGCAUUCUCAAGUACAAGGACCACCUCAAGUCUAAGAUCCUCAAGGAGAAUGCAGAUAAUGCGGCGAAAAUUCGCAAA